AUGUCAAGGCUGCAUGAAUUUCGUGUUCUGCAAGGGAAGAUUGGGAAUAGUGGAGCUGGUGCUAUUAGUAUGACUCGGUGGGUAGCUCCCUCUGUGGGCUGUUUUAAAGUCAAUGUAGAUGGUUCUUUCUUUCAAGCUUCUGAAAAAGGGAGCACUGGUUUUGUUGUCAGGGAUUGGCAGGGCUCAUUUAUAGCAGGAGGAGGUAAAUCUCUUUCGGGUUUACUAUCACCUGAACAUGUGGAAGUUGUAGCCUACAAACAAGCCAUUGAGUUUGUAGUUACAAAUCAUUAUUUGCCAGCUAUUGUGGAGACUGAUUCGCAAUUGGUGUAUCGACAAUUGCUUAGCCGAGAGGGGAGCAACUUGUCCAUCUUGGGACGUGUUUAUGAUGAUAUGGAGUAUAUUUUGGAUGCUUAUGCAAAUCUGUGCGUAGUCCAUACAAAGAGAAGUGCAAAUAGGGUGGCACAUCUGAUGGCUGCUCAUACUAGGACUCUCCCUAUGGAGACUUUUUAUUUUUCUUCCCCUUCUUUUUUACAAGCUGCAUUAGUAGCUGAAGUUGUGUAA